GGGCCUCCCCGCCGCUGCCCCGCCCGCCGGGCCCCGCGGGACGCGCCGCUCCCACCCCGGGGAGGCUCCUCCGGUGCCUCCGCGCCGCCCCGGCCGGCCGCGAGCCCCGCUCCGCGGGCGAACCACCGAGGAACGGCGGGGUCCUCCCGCGCGGCCAGAGCGGCUCCCGCGGGUGGGCGCCGCCAUGUCGGCGUGACGUCAGUUCCGGCGGGCGGCGGGCCGGAAGCGAGCGGGCGGCGGCGCGCGGGGCCGGGGCCGCCAGGGCAGGUUCAAUUUUGGGGUCCCUGAGCCCGAGCAGCCCCCGGGAUGGGGGACAGCGACGACGAGUACGACCGACGGCGCCGAGACAAAUUCCGGAGGGAGCGGAGCGAGUACGACAGGUCCAGGGAGAGGGACGAGAGGAGGAGGGAGGACUGGAGCGACAGGGACUGGGAGCGGGGUCGGGAGCGGCGCAGUCGGGACUAUCGCGACUACGACCGCACGCGGCGCGAGAGGUUCAGCCCCCCCCGGCACGAGCUCAGCCCCCCCCAGAAACGGCUCCGCAGGGACUGGGACGAGCACGGUUCCGACCCGUACCACAGCGGGUACGACCUGCCCUACAGCGGGGGGGGGGCUGGGCCCACCUACGGCCCCCCCCAGACCCCCUGGGGGCACCCCGACAUGUCCCACGUGCUGCAGCACCAGCUGCUGCCCAUCCAGGCCAGGCUGGGCACCAUCGCAGAGGUGGACCUGGGCAUGGCCCCCCCGGUGAUGAAGAGCUUCAAGGAGUUCCUGCUGUCCCUGGACGACGCGGUGGACGAGACGGAGGCCGUCAAGCGCUACAACGACUACAAACUCGACUUCAGGAGGCAGCAGCUGCAGGAGUUCUUCCUGGCACACAAGGACGAGGAGUGGUUCCGCUCCAAGUACCACCCUGAUGAGGCCGGCAGGCGCCGGCAGGAGGCCCAGGCGGCACUGAGGAACCGCCUGGGGGUGUUCCUGUACCUGUCCGAGCACGGCUGGUUCGAAAACCUCCUGCUCGACAUCGACAGCCCCCAGAUCGUCAAGACCCUCGAUGCAGCCGUGAUCAAGAUGGAGGGGGGCUCAGAGCACGACCUGCGCAUCCUGGAGCAGGAGGAGGAGGAGGAGAGGCCCGACAAGGCCGAGGGGCCCAAGAAGGAGGAGCCGCGGCCGCCGGAGCCGCCCGGGAAGGGCCCCCCCGAGGCCGACGAGCCCCCCAAGGCUGAAGGGGCGGAGCCGGGGGCGGAGCCAGCAGCGGGGGUGGGGCCUGAGGAAGAGGAGGAGGGGCCUGAGAAGGGGCCGAAGGAGGAGGAGGGGGACAAGGAGGGGCCCAAGGCUCGGCGCGCCAGCGAGCCGGGACAGCGACAAGGAGCCCAAGGAGGACAAGGGCGGGGUCUCGACGACGACAACAACAACAACAACAACAAGAGCGCCGGGACCUCCCGGCCCCCAAAACCAAGGAGGGGGCGCCGGGGGCCCAGGGGUCCUCAGGACCCCAAACCUCGCCCCCUGCACAAAACCUGCUCCCUGUUCAUGAGGAACAUCGCCCCCAACAUCUCCCAGGCCGAGAUCGUGGCGCUCUGCAAACGACCCGGGUUCAUGAGAGUCGCCCUGUCCGAGCCCCAGCCCGAGAGGAGGUUUUUCCGGAGGGGUUGGGUGACCUUCGACCGCAGCGUCAACAUCAAAGAGAUCUGCUGGAGCCUCCAGAACAUCCGGCUCCGUGAGUGUGAGCUGAGCCCAGGGGUGAACCGGGACCUGACCCGGCGUGUCCGGAACGUGUCGGGUCUCACCCAGCACCGGGGUCACGUUUGGGGUUAUUUAGGGGACGAGCACGGCUCCGACCCCUGUGCCCCCCAAUGA